CACCCAUUUCCUCUCCCUUUCCCUCUCCCUCUCUCAAUGGAAGAAACCCAAAAGCUUCCAAUGGCAAAAACAGGCAAGAUUAUCAGAACUUCAAUCUACACAUUCCUUCAAAGGUACAACUACUUCACCUCAACGGCUGCACUCCUGGCCUUCCCCUUCUCUGUUUCAGUUCUGUUCUCACAAGCCUGUGUCCCCUCCUCUUCAUCUCUUCUGUUAACCAUUUACAGCCGCCUACGAAAUCUCUUUGACGCUGCAGGCUUCCCACCCUCUUCAGAGUUCUUCACCAUUCUUAGCCAGAAGCUUUCCCAGACAAUCUUUUCCUCCAUCCUUACACUUCCUUUCACCCUCUCCUUCCUCCUCAUCACAAAAGCAGCUAUAAUUCAAGCCCUCAAACAAAACAAACCAACUUUGCCAUUGCCACCUUCCUUGUUUUCUUCUUUACUAACCCUUUACAAGCCACUCUUUCUCACCUACUUAUGCAACUCUUUCUUGAUCCUCUCCGCGAAUGCCACCGUCUUCUCUCUUCUCUUCUUUGCCUUCAAUUGUCUGGAAGGAUUUGGCUUCUCUUCUCCCAACUGCCUCCUCUUCCUGUCGGCUGCAGGGGCUGUGCUCUACUCCAUAAUUCUGGCCAAUGCCCUCAUAGUAUGCAGCCUGGCAAUGGUUUUGUCUGGCAUGGAACGCUGCGGUGGAUACAUGGCGAUCCUCAAGGCUUGUGCUCUUAUACGAGGAAGAACGUCGACCGCGCUGUUGCUGGCAUUGCCGGUCAAUAUGGCUCUGGCCUCCAUUGAAGCCUUGUUCCAAUUCCGGGUUGUGAGAGCUUAUCAUUUUGCUGGAAAGCUAGGAGCAUCCAUGGCUUUGGAGGGGAUCUUCAUUGCUUACUUGUAUUCGAUUUUCAUUGUUCUUGAUACGGUUGUGAUUUGCAUAUUCUUCAAAAGCUGCAAGACAGGAUAUUGGAUAGAGCAGGAAGGAAGGUACUCUUACAGGAUUGAAUUUGCAGGGGAAGAAGACAGUGAUGUCUAUGUCCGAUUAAGGACUGCUCAAGAACAUGCAUAGAUUACAUUGAGAAAACAAAUGGGAUAGUUGGCUCGUUUGAUAAAUUUCACAGAAUCGAUUUUUCUGUUGCUUGAGGAGAAAUCAGGCAAAAGUAUAGGACAUAAAGACCCACAUUGCGGGUGCAGGGGUGACCUCAACAAGAUGCAAAUAGAAAGAUGGAAUUUUCUUUUUUCUCAUAUUCUCAAAUUUCAGUUUUCUGUUAUGGUUUCUUUCGUCCCAUUUUACCAUGUACAUUGGCAGCCUUUACAGUGUGAAUGAU